CUCCUUUUCACUAGUGUAUUUCCGGUGUUUUUAUUGGAGCCAAGUGUUUAACUUCUUCUCUGCAAAUAUUUUUAAAUCAGGAGUUUUCAAAUAAAUAAUCAACAUUUAAAGUUUCCAAAUUCUUCGGUCCCGCGCAUGCGCACACGCCGUCAUUUGUUGUGAGAGGCGAGCGCAGCGCGGCACAGGACAAAUCAAUGGAGACAUGGCAGAGGCUGAAGCUGGGUUACCUGCUCGUCAAGCGGCACGUGUAGCAUGUUAUUGUUAGCCUGUUAGCUCCAGGUUAGCUCGUAGAAUCACCUGCACAGCAGCGAGCCUGGCGGAUAGCUGGCUGGUGGCAGGGCUAACGUCAAGCUAACCGCAGCAGCAGCGGUGACAGCGACAUGGCACACUGGAGCACCUUCGAGAAGGAGACAGAGAGGGAGACGAAGAGGUUGGUGAGAUGUCUGAGCGGGGUGGAGGACGAGGAGGACCAGAACUUUCAGCUGGCACUGAAGUUUGCCUGGUCCAAUUUCAGGUUUCAUCGCUACCUGGACGUGGACAGCCAUAAAGUCCAGCGCAGUAUAAGUGGAAUCCAUGAGAAGCUCAUGGUCCACUCUGACCUGAGUAAAGCAGGAAGUUGGAUGAGGCUGACUGAAGAGUUCUUGAACUCACCUUUACCUAAUACAGAUGGAACAAAGACUGAUGUGCAUUACAGCAUACUGUCACUGCUGCUCUUCUUGUCAGGCUCCCCCUCAAACACAAACUUUAUUGAGAGACCCAGGGUGAAGGAGGCUGAACCAGAGGACACAUUUGAUUGGGGUAAAUAUCUGAUGGAGGGUGAGGACAUAGACAUCGGACCAUAUCCAGAUACCCCUGAGUGGUCUGAGGAGGAGAGUGAGGAUGAGGACAGUCAGCAGCUAAUCAGCAGGGAGGACUCUGGGAUCCAAUUGGACAGAACCCCCCAGGAGGACCAAGACAACACCAACAAAGCAGUUCCAGUCACCUGGACAGUGGGGGAGCCUGAUGCACGAGCCUGGCUUGAGCAACAUGUGGUGACACCGUACUGGGUGGCUCAUGCUUCUCGUUUUCCUCACAGCUUGCACUUACACUCCAACUUACUCAAUGUGUGGGAUCAGCACUUGUAUAACACUGAUCCAUUGUAUCUACCAGAAGAAAAGGCCUUUGUCACAGAGACCCAAGUAAUACGGGAGACACUGUGGCUUCUGUCUGGCGUGAAGAAACACUUUAUAUUCCAGAAUCAUGAUGGAAAAGUGUCUGUAAGGAACAACGUGGUGAUAACUCAUCUAACCAGCAACUGCCUGCGCUCUGUGCUGGAGCAUAUCGCUGUGUACGGUCAGGCGGUGUUCAGGCUGCAGAGGUUCAUAGACGAGGUGACGGGGUACAGCUCGGAGCCUUGCCCACCGAGCUCUGGUUCCUCCUACAGCUCCAAGAAGGUCUCUGAGCCUCCCUUCAGGACCUACCAGGCCUUUGUGUGGGCGCUCACCAAGUACUUCACAGGCUUCAAAGAGGAGCUCACCACAAUUGAGAGAGAGCUCAUACGCAACGAUGAGACUGUGACGCUGUCUGCAGUUCUGGAGAGACUCAGUCCUCACUUGGCACAGAUCAAAGUGCUGCACAAAGUCUUCUGCACUGGGGUCGCUGAAGUUCCCCCCGAGACUCCAAAUGUUGUGAGGGCGUCUCACUUGCUCAACACCCUGUACAAGGCGAUCAUUGAGUAUGACAAUGUCGGGGAAGCAUCUGAACAAGACGUGGCUCUAUUGUUUUCUCUAUGGACAGAGACAGUCCGACCGUAUUUGGAAAUUGUGGAUGAAUGGAUUGUUCAUGGCCACUUGUUUGACCCUGCAAAAGAGUUCAUCAUCCAAAGGAACAAAGACGUCCAGGUGAACCACAGAGAUUUCUGGUAUGCCACCUACACGCUGUACAGUGUUUCGGAAACAGUGGAGAACGAGGACAAGCUAAACGAUGCAGCCAGCGGGAGCUCUGGAGGCGAUCAGGGCUCCAGCCACAGGCAGCUCACCAUGGUGUCCUUCCUAAAACCUGUCCUCAAGCAGAUUAUCAUGGCAGGAAAAUCCAUGCAGCUGCUCAAAAAUCUGGACUGUAAGGAGACUGAGCAAUCAGAGAGAUCCUCUAGAGAUGCAGAAAGGAAGAGUUUGUACACACUGUUCUUAGAGUCGGUGCAGUCACGCCUCUGCAGCCAAGAGGAAUCUCCCACAGACACAGUAACUGAACAGCAAGCCACUAAGAGGAGUCUCAUAAAGAUGCAGUCCAUCGUGGCCCAGCACCUGGAGAUUGAUGACGUCCAUGAUCCGUUGCUGGCCAUAAACUUUGCCAGGCUGUACUUGGAGCAGAGUGACUUCCACGAGCGUUUCUCUGGAGGUGAUAUUAUCGUGGAGCGCUCCUCGCAGUCGGUCACCUGCCAGACAUUUGAGCUCACCCUGCGCUCCUGCCUCUACCCCCACAUCGAGAGGAGGUACAUCGAGUGCUGUGGAAACCUGAUGAAGACCCUAAAAAAAGACUAUAAGCUGCUGGAAUACCUCCAAGCCAUGAGGAACUACUUCCUGCUGGAGGCCGGAGACACCAUGUACGACUUUUACACGGCCAUCUUUGACAAGGUGCAGGAGAAGGAGAGCUGGCAGCAGCGGUCUUUCCUCAAUGUGCAGCUGCAGGAGGCAGUGGGACAGCGCUACCCAGAGGACAGUAGCAGGUUAUCAAUCUUCUUAGAACCCAUUGACCCUUCCAGGAAAAAACACCCUGUGAAUAACCUUGAAGUACUUACUCUCAGUUACAAGGUUCCCUGGCCCGUCGACAUUGUGAUCAGCACUGAGUGUCAGAAGAUCUACAAUCAAGUGUUUCUCCUCCUGCUGCAGAUCAAAUGGGCCAAAUACAGCUUAGACACACUUCGAUUCAGUGAUUUCACUGCCAUCAGUAAGAAAGUGGAGGGAGCGCUGGCUGAGGAGAUGAAGGUCAAAGAGCCUAUAAAUCAGCAGAUUCACAGAAUGUGUCUGCUGCGGGUCAAACUGAUGCACUUUGUCAACAGCCUUCACAACUACAUCAUGACCAGGAUCCUGCACAGCACCGGACUGGAGUUUCAGCACCAAGUACAGGAAGCGAAGGACCUGGACCAGCUGAUCAAGAUCCAUUACAGAUAUUUGGCAACAAUCCAUGACCGCUGCCUGCUGAGGGAGAAGGUCAGUUUUGUGAAGGAGGCAAUAAUGAAGGUUCUGAAUCUGGUCCUGAUCUUCUCUGACCGAUGGCAGGCUGGAUUCGGAGCCUGGAAGAUCGAGUCCAUUGAUAAAAUGGAGUCAGAUUUCAAAAAUUGUCACAUGUUCCUUGUGACGAUACUCAACAAGGCCGUGUGUCGCGGCUCCUUCCCUCACUUGGAGUCUCUUGCCCUUUCUCUGAUGGCUGGAUUUGAGCAGUGCUGAGGAUCCGUCACUGUUUCAGUGUUUUGCCAUGAUGGACUGAACUGUGUUUGCUGCUGUGUCUCAUGUCAUGCCUUUUCUCUAACUGCUGUCAUUGUUCAUGAUGGUGUUGAACAUUACGAUGUCACUGUCUGCUGACUGCUGGAGAUGGAAUUGAACCAUGUGGUUUGUGCCAUAGUCAAAUGCAACUUGUGAACAUACAGUAGCAAUAUAUAAAAAAAAUAAAUGUACAUUCUUUUGUAAAGUUUUUUUUAAGGAGCUGUUAUAUUGUUUGAAUGUGUAUACAUAAAGCAAAAAUAAAUCUUAAGCUCAAUGGUGUAAGUU